AUGGCUGCUCCGCUUUCACUAUUUCUCAUGCCUACCGAUGAUACAAAACAAGAACCCACCAUGACCAUAAGUAACAAACCAGCUGAACCCGCAAAAACUACUAUUACUUCUCGGACCAAAAAGCCUGCUACCAACAAACAUCAAACUCGCAAGAAACAACCUCAAAGAGGCAUGGGAGUAGCUCAACUUGAACGUUUAAGGAUUCAAGAAAGAUGGAAGGCAAUUACUGAGGGUAACCAGAUUGGGUCUCUCAAUCGCCAACCUGCCCAACAGUUACAUGUUUCUGACCCGUUUAAUAAUAAUAAUUAUUAUCAAAUGCUGCAGUACGGUACUGCAGUUAACUAUGGUGUGCCAAUGAGUAGUAAUGUUGGUGUUUUUAAUGGGUUCUUGGGUUGGGAUCACAAAGGUGGUGUGAUGGUUAAUAGGGUUGAUGGGUUUAAUGUUGAUAGUAAUGAUGGAUUUGGGUCGGGUCAGGUUUUGAUUAACCCGUAUAUGGUUGGACCAGCACCGGUUCAUCAGGUUGGGAUUCCUGCUUCUGCUCCUGCUGCUGUGUUCGAGGCUUCGAAAGAGCUCUCUUCAAUCCCAAAAGUAAUCCAGCAGCAGAAGCAGUAUGAGCCUUCUCGUUGUGAUCUUUGCCUUAAGAUGGGUGGAUUCAGUGCCAGAGCUGCAAACAGUGCCUUCUUUGCCAAUCACAACCACAAGAACAAUGAGGGUGUAGAGGUGACGGCAGUUCACAGGAAGGGUAAUAAUCCAAGGGGUAGAAAAGUUAUCAUGGAAUAUGAGUUUUUCCCUGGGAAAAAUGGUAAAAGCACUUGUUUCAAGGAGAUGGAAUUUCCUACUGCGGAAGCUUCAGUUGCAGUAGCUACUGGUGAAGCUUCUUGUCUUACAACUUAUUCUGAUUACAGUGCAUCUAAUGCUUCUAAUUCUAUUGAUUUGUCUCUGAAGCUUUCAUAUUAG